GACACCAGCUAACCUUAGGAUUACCAUAUUGUACGUCUACACAUACCGCCAUUCGCGAAGAAGCUCCUCUGACCACACAAUUACAGCAGCCGUCCUACCAAACUACAUACAAAAUGGCUGAUGCAGGAGCACCUCGCGGCGGCGGUGGAUUCGGAUCUCGCGGUGACCGUGGUGGUGACCGUGGCCGGGGCCGUGGACGCGGACGUGGUCGCCGUGGCGGCAAGAGCGAGGAGAAGGAGUGGCAGCCUGUCACCAAGCUCGGUCGUCUCGUAAAGGCCGGCAAGAUCAAGAGCAUGGAGGAGAUCUACCUCCACUCUCUGCCCGUCAAGGAGUACCAGAUCGUCGACUUCUUCCUCCCCAAGCUCAAGGACGAGGUCAUGAAGAUCAAGCCCGUCCAGAAGCAGACCCGUGCCGGUCAGCGUACCCGCUUCAAGGCCAUCGUUGUCAUCGGUGACUCUGAGGGCCACAUCGGUCUCGGUAUCAAGACCUCCAAGGAAGUCGCAACUGCCAUCCGCGCCGCCAUCAUCAUCGCCAAGCUCUCCGUCGUCCCCAUCCGAAGGGGUUACUGGGGUACCAACCUUGGUGAGCCUCACUCUCUGCCCACCAAGGAGAGCGGAAAGUGCGGUUCCGUCACCGUCCGUCUUAUCCCCGCCCCCCGUGGUACCGGAUUGGUCGCAUCGCCCGCUGUCAAGCGCCUCUUGCAGCUUGCUGGUGUCCAGGACAUCUACACUGCCUCGGCUGGUUCCACCAAGACCCUCGAGAACACACUGAAGGCUACCUUCGUUGCUGUCGCAAACUCAUACGGCUUCCUCACACCAAACCUUUGGGCCGAAACUAAGCUCAUUCGGAGCCCACUUGAGGAGUUCAGCGAUGUCUUGCGUGAGGGCAAGAGGUACUAGACGGUUUCUGGCGAUUCGGGUCUUUUUCAGCAUUCCAGGGUUAUGGCGUGAGGUAAUGCAUUCGGGACCUCAGUUAUGCAUCUGACGACUGAGCUGGGAAACUGGCACGAAAAUGAACAACUUCAUUCCACCAUUCAAAA